AUGUCUGGAACGAAUAACCACGAAAAUCCACUUGGAACUAGUACCUCAUCCAAUGGUUCGCAAAGGACACAAGAUUCGGUUGCAAGGGCGAGUACUUCUUCAACAAGUAUUGCAGGCGUCAGGCUUCCAUCGACCGCGGAUUUAUUUAAGCCGACUUCCUAUUCUGGUUUACGGCCUGCCCCUCGUUCCAUCUCGUCACUGAAAUCUACACUCCCUGUUCCAUCUGAGCCCGAAUCCCCCGUAUCCGACCGACAAGCUGCUGUCGUUUCCAAGUUACUCGACACGGCCAAACGACUAAGAGGAGAACGGGAUUCCGAAUCCCGGAGAGCCGAUUUUGCAGAGGCUGAGCUCGCAGCUGAACGAGCGUCAAAAUCUCAGGCCUCGGCCAAUCUUCACGCAAGCGUAGAGGCCGAAGCCAAGAUUGCCGAAUUGACCGAAAGCCUUGCCGCCGCCCGGUCCACUAUUGCCACCUUUGGGCGCCAGUCUUCACCUCAACCUGGUACCCCGAGUAGAAGCACCAUUAUCCCUGCUCUUCGAGCGCAAAUAACCGAGCUCACCUCCCGCAUUGAACGACGAACAGAGCAGAUUGGAAUACACCAACACGAAAUUAAGCGGCUCGAGGCUCACCUUGGUUUAACUCAAGAUACGGUCCAGGAAUUACAGGAUGACUUAGACCAGGCAGGGGUGCGAGAGCAGGCGUUACUGGAAGAUGCAACUUUGGCUAGGGAGGAGAGAGACGCGGCUCGGCAGGCACUGGCAGAGGGACAGUUCGCUGAGUCCGAACAGGCAGAUGAACAGACGGUAGCGCUCGUGCAUAGCAUAUUCGACGCUAUCGGCCAUGCCAGGACCAACAAAUGCACCGCCGAGGCGUAUAAAGACAAGCUCGAAGCUCAGAUCGGACAAACCAGGGCUCUCCAGAUCCAGGUGGAACAAAGAGUGGCCGAGGUCGAUCUUCUCAUGGCCCAAGUCGACGGCGUUAAUGCCCGGAUGUCUGCCCUGCGCCAAGAACUCCAAACUGAACAAUUAAGAUUCGCGGAAGAAAAGUCUCGCGCUGACAAGGCUGAAGAACGUGCUGAAGAGGCCAAACAACUCGCCGAGGCGGCCAAAUCGACAUCGGAUGAAGAUAGAACUUGGGCGGCUGAUUAUCAAAAGAAGCUGGAAGAUACACAAUGCGAACUUGCUGAAUCCAAACAACGCUUCGCCGAAUUAGAGGACAAAUUGGCCGACUUUGAAUCGGCAAGGGAGGAGCUCGAGGCGUGCGAAGCCGUUCUCGUCGGAUUACGAGAGGAACUCGAAACUGAAAAGGCCAAUAGUGCGAAUGCUGUAGCCGAGGUCCAGGCGUCCCUGGAUCUUCAACGGGUCGAACUUACUAUCAAGGCUAACGAGUUGGAUGCACUCAAAGAUGAAUUUGUUGCAACCACUGCGGAAUUAGAUUCUCGAACAACUCAACUCGCUUCAAAAACCGCGGAACUUGAUGCUCUGCGUAUGGAGCUAGAGACCAAGACAACCGAACUUCAAUACAAGGAUGUCCAAUACAGUCAACUCAAGAAUGACCACGCAGCACUUCAAAGCUGCCUCCAGGCGCUUCAAUCUAGUUUCGAUACGAAACAAACAGACUACAUGGCUCUCAAUUCGAAAAACCAGACGCUAGAAGGCGAGUUCGAAUCAUUACAAAGCGGCUACGAUGCCAAGCAAGUCGAGUUUCUUUCUCUUCAAUCUGGAUUCACUGCGCUCCAAUCCGAAAUGGAAGCCAAAGAGGCCGAAGUACAACGUCUCAACGCGGCUCUCGAAUCGGGCGCCAAUGGUGCGAAGCUCGAAUUGAAGGCUGCUCAAGGUGAACUACAGGCUGCGCAGGGUGCUUUAGCUCAAUUGCAACAAGAGCUUGAAUCGGUCCGAAGUGAGCUUGUCAAGUCGACGGAGAUUGCGGACGUGGCUGGGGUAGAAAAGAGCGUCAUGGCGGGAGAAUUGCGCACGGCCAGGGAGCAACUAGGAGAACUGAGAGAACGGAUAGGGCAGCUUGAAGGACUGACCCAGAGCGGAGAGGAGGUCAAGAGGGAAUUGGCUACUGCCAAGGAGCAGCUCGAAAACGCUAUGGCCGGACGUGCCAAUCUCGAACAGCAACUCGCCGCGGCCCAACAGCAGCACGAAACCUUCCAACGUCAGAGCGAAGAGAUGAGACAGGCCCUUGGAGCGGCUCAAGCCCGAGUCAUGACUAUGCAAGACCAAUUGGACGAUGUGGAGAUGCGUGCGCCCGCGAGCGAAAUAGACGAGCUCCGAGCUAAGGUUGGCUCUAUGACAGAACAGCUUGCCGAGAUGGAGAGUCUGCGGGCACAGGUAGCUGAAGUGGACGACCUCCGGAUUCAAGUAGCUGAGCUAGAGGAUACUCGGGCCCAAGUCACGGAGCUAGAGCGGCUUUUGGCCGAGGCUCAAGCUGGUGCUCAGGAUGCACAGGAGGUGGUGUCGCUUCGCUCCAAAGUUGACGAGCUUGACAAGUUACGACAGCGUGCGGAAGACGAGCUUCGCAGUCGCGUAGAGGGUAUGAACCAUCUCGAAGCUCAUGUAGGAGCAUUGGAAGAGGAGUUACGUGGGGUGGAAUCUCUUCGAGAAGAAAUACGGGCGUUACAGCAAAUGUCUACCGAACAGCAACAGCUCAUUUCCGAGCUCCAAAGUCGUCCGGCUUCGGGCAAUACUGCUACUUCGUCGGACGCCCUGGAACGACUACAAGAACAGUAUGACAUGGUCUUGCAAGAUGCUAAACGUAUGACCGCCGAGGUCGAGGGAUAUGACGAUAAGCUUCUCGAGGUCCUUAAGAGGGAGAAGAAGCUCGAGCUCAAGGUUGGGAACCUCACUCGUAAAUUGCGCGCCACCCAAGCCAAAUUGGAUGCAGCCAAAGUCACUCAGGAUGCACCACCCACUGCAAGUACCUCUGCCCCCACAACAUCCGCACCCAACCCCAUUGCCCCCCAACGAACAAAUUCUACUGCUUCGAGCACCACGGGGACCAGCUCCCUUUUCACCCAAUCCGCUUCGUCGGCGGGGACCUCGAUUUUCUCGUCUUCGGGCAGCACCGCUAAAUUACCUUUAUCGAGCACAACCGCUUCGAAAUUCUCAAAGUCCAUGCCAAGCAGCAGAGUUCCCCAGUCACCCUCCCGAUCUCCGACCCGACCCACUGUGCCCGACUUUGGCCCUAAAAUCGCAGGUAAUAUUAACUCGACCACGACCACCGCGUCAGCCACCAGCACUGGUGCCGGCAAUGGGCGAGCCGCUCUACGACCACUACCGAUAUUCAGUUCUCAACCAGCACCUGCCUCUUUGGCACCCGCGCCAGAUAAAGAACCAUCGAAAAGUGCACAAGCCAACGAAGCCGCUUCGCGCAAACGCCCCAUUCCGGACGAAUUUUCGACUGCUACGCCUGGGACACACGCCGAGGUUGCGAUGACCACUCCUCGCACGCAUUUACGAUUUAAAACGCUCUCUGGCACGGGGGCAGCCGCCAACCGAAAAGGACUGACACCUUCGCGGAAGGCGUAG